CCGCACACGACAACACACCAUGAACGUGACAGCACCGCUCUCCCGACGGCCUCUGGGCUGCCUCAAGGCCGGCCUAUGCCAGUCCCUCGUCCGGGGCUAUGCGACAGCCGUCGCUGCUUCCACCACCCAGUCUACCGGCGCCCUGCCCGAUCACAACUUUUUCAGGAUCGCCGAUAAGCACACCAAAAAGACUCGCACCGCUUUCGCCGUCUUCACACCCCCCAAGAGCCCGACGACCCUUCCUCCCUCGAGCGUAGUCACCAAGUCCAAAGCCUUCAAAAUCGCCAACUCGAAGCUGCCACCGCUCAUGACCAAGCCUCCCUCGGACCCGAUGCCGCUGUUGACCCAGCAGCAGAUCGCGCGUAUGGACCCGACCGGUGCGCGCACCGCCCUCUUUUCCAAGGCGCGCCAUGCCGCCCGCGUCGGCGACGUGCUCAUGGUGACGCACCGUCGCGGCGGCGAACCCUUUGCGGGCGUGUGCCUGGCCAUCCGCCGUUCGGGCAUCGACACGGCGAUCCUCCUCAGAAACCACCUCGGCAAGGUCGGCGUCGAGAUGUGGUACAAGAUCUACAACAAGAACGUGGCGGGCAUCGAGAUCAUCAAGAGGCGGGCCAAGCGCGCGAGACGCGCCAAGCUCAUGUACAUGCGCCAGCCCAAGCACGACAUGGGCAGUGUUGAGCAGUACGUGUUUGCCUGGAAGAAGAUGAGGAAGGUGUUGAGCAGUAAGGGCUUGACGGGCGGUGUUGGUGGUGGUGGUGGAAAGCAGAAGGGCCAGGAGUCCAAGAAGAAGAACUAAAUCUUUCUGGGUCUGAAUGUGCGAUGCUGGAUUGAGUCAGUGAGGGAGGGGAUUGUUCACUGAGACUUACGGGAUAUCCCUCCCCUUUUGGUUGAGGAAGCUACAGUGACCUCGAAAUGAGAGACAAGCCGGGAUCUGUGAGAAGAGGGGACAGACGACCGCUGUGUAUACCAUGUACAUGUAUGAUAAAUCCCCGGGGUAAAAGAAAUCUAUGGUUUUUUUUU